GCCUUGCUCCCUCGUCUUCAACGCCCGUCUUCUAUUCACCGGGUUGCAAUCGUAUGCGACACCUCCAUCAUUGCGCGCAUACCCUCAGCAUCGAUUCUUCCAUAUUAUAAUAACAAGGACAGGAUCGCGCCUCGUGGCACAACUUCUUCCUCAACACCAACCAAUUCUUUGGCGCGUUGAGCCCAUACCCAUCGACCAAACUUCAUCAUGACAGAAGUUUCUUCCACCAGGUUAUACCUGGGAAACCUUCCUCGCAAUGCCACCAAGGCGGACGUCGAGACGCAUUUCAAUACUCAUGGUACUGGAGAGAUCACCGAGAUCAAGCUCAUGAAUGGCUUCGGAUUCAUCGAGUACAAGGAUGCUAUGGAUGCCCGCGAUGUGGUUCCCGCGUUCCACGGCUCGGACUUCAUGGGCGAGCGCUUGACUGUUCAGUUUGCCCGUGGUACUCGCAAUCGCGAUGCUUUCGCCAACACUGAGCGGACUGCUCCUCGUCCCCGACGCACCCCGCAUCGCAUGCAAAUCUCUGGACUUCCAGGUGAGACCAGCUGGCAGGAUCUGAAAGACUUCGCCCGUCAAUCCAGCCUCGAUGUCGUCUACUCCGAAACCGGCCGUGACCGGGAUGGCAAAGGAAGCUUUGUUGAGUUCGAAACUGCUGCGGAUCUCAAGACCGCAGUAGAAAAGCUUGACGGCCGUGAAUUCAAGGGAGUCCGUGUCACUUGUGUUGCUGAUACUCAACCUGAUAUUCCCCGUGAUCGAGCUCGCUCCCGCUCUCCUGGUCCUCGCCGAUCUUACCCCGCUGACGACUAUGACCGCCGUGGACCUUCCCGUGGAUACAGCCCUCGCCGUGAUGGUUACCGCGAAAGAAGCCCUCCUCGCCGUGGUUACUAUGAUGAUGACCGUGGUCGCUACCGUUCUCCACCAAGAGCUCGUGGUCCUAUUGAUGAUUACCCACCACCACGUGGCCGCUUCGAGGAUCCUUACCGACGUGACUACCCUCCUGACCCAUAUGUCAAUGGUAGACCUCCCUAUGACCGACCACCCCCACGGGAUUACCCACCAAGAGAGCCUCCUUACGACUAUGAGCGCCCUCGUCCACGUUACUGAUUUGUAAACCGCAGGAUGUGAUACGUUCUUAUGAUGGUCAACUAGGGCGGGAUUCUGCAUAUUGCACAACUUCUUUGAUCAUAAUAGGACACUGAUGUGGACACACGAUUUCCUAAACGCUAACGUCUGGUCGGAACUCUCUUUGAAAAAGCAACACGUUCUCUUGUCAUAUUUCCAGGGCAGAAUGGAGGAUGUACAAUAAGGAUGGAUAGAUCUUUUGCGGUCGACUCAUCAAAUUGUACUCCUACGAAAAUGCAAUUUUCUCCAUAAACUUUUCAUUUGAAGAUG